CUGGGCCGGCCGAAAGGGGCGUCGCCGCCGCCGCCAUCGCCAUGGCCGGUUGUUGUCAGUCCCUGGCAGCGGGUUAUGGCGACGGCGGUGAAUGAAUUCUCCGGGCGGCCGAGGGAAGAAGAAGGGCUCAGCCGGCUCCAGUUCCGCGCCUCCGACCGCCGGCGCCUCUCCCUCCUCGCCGCCCGGGCCGGCGCCCCCCGUGCCGCCGGCGGGGGCGGCGGCGGCGGCGUCCCCGCACAAGCGGAACCUGUACUACUUCUCGUACCCGCUCUUCGCCGCCUUCGCCCUGCUCCGCUUCGUCGCCUUCCAGCUCGGGCUGCUCUUCGCCUGGCUCUGCGAGCGCCUCUCCCGCGGCGCCCUCAUGGCCGCCAAGGGCAGCAGGGCCGGGGCCGGCGAGGCGCCCGAGCCCGGCGGGGCGCCCGAGACGGUGCGGGCGUGCCACAAGCGGGCCUUCGAGUGCAUCUCCAUGGCUCUGCGCAUCGACGAGGACGAGACAGGACAAAAGGAACAAGCUGUUGAAUGGUAUAAGAAAGGAAUUGAAGAGCUGGAAAAAGGAAUAGCUGUCUUAGUAAUUGGUCAAGGUGAUCAGUGUGAACGGGCUCGACGUCUCCAAUCUAAAAUGAUGACAAAUUUGGCAAUGGCCAAGGAUCGGUUGCAGCUUUUAGAGAAGCUGCAGGCAGUUUUGCAAAUUUCCAAGCCGCAAAUGGAGGUCUAUAAUGACAGUACUAACCUGGCAUGCCGCAAUGGACAUCUCCAGUCAGAAAGUGGAGCAGUUCCAAAAAAGAAGGACCCUCUAACACACACGAGUAAUUCCCUUCCUCGUUCAAAGACUGUGGCAAAAACCGGAUCCACAGGCCUUUCAGGUCACCACAGAACGCCCAGCUACAGUGGGGUAUCAUCAUCUGUGUCUAGACCAGCACCUAAUCCUACACCUUCAGCUCACAAGGCCGCUCCUAAAAAUAGCAGAGCAAAUAAGCCUUCUACUCCUACCACUGCUCCUCGAAAAAAGAAAGACACAAAGAUCUUUAGAAAUGUGGACAGCAAUCUUGCUAAUCUUAUCCUAAAUGAAGUUGUUGAUAGUGGGCCAGCUGUCAAAUUUGAUGAUAUCGCAGGGCAGGAACUGGCUAAACAAGCUUUGCAAGAAAUUGUUAUCCUUCCUUCUCUUAGACCUGAGUUAUUUACAGGUCUGAGAGCUCCUGCACGUGGUUUAUUGCUGUUUGGCCCACCGGGAAAUGGGAAGACAAUGUUGGCCAAAGCAGUUGCUGCAGAAUCAAAUGCUACUUUCUUUAACAUCAGUGCAGCGAGUCUGACUUCAAAAUACGUGGGUGAAGGGGAGAAACUGGUGCGUGCUCUAUUUGCAGUAGCCAGAGAACUUCAACCUUCUAUAAUUUUUAUUGAUGAAGUUGAUAGCCUUUUGUGUGAAAGACGAGAAGGUGAACAUGAUGCUAGCAGGCGUCUAAAAACAGAAUUUUUAAUAGAAUUUGAUGGUGUGCAGUCUUCUGGAGAGGACAGAAUACUUGUGAUGGGAGCCACAAACAGGCCUCAGGAGCUUGAUGAUGCUGUUCUCAGACGGUUCACCAAACGGGUAUAUGUGUCCUUACCAAAUGAGGAGACAAGAUUGAUUUUGCUAAAAAAUCUUCUAAGCAAGCAAGGAAGUCCAUUAACCCAAAAAGAGUUGGCUCAACUAGCUAGAAUGACAGAUGGAUACUCUGGAAGUGACCUAACUGCAUUAGCGAAGGAUGCAGCACUUGGCCCCAUUCGAGAAUUAAAACCAGAACAGGUGAAGAACAUGUCUGCCAGUGAGAUGAGAAAUAUCAAACUGUCAGAUUUCACAGAAUCUCUGAAGAAGAUCAAGCGCAGUUUGAGCCCUCAGACCCUGGAAGCGUACAUUCGCUGGAACAAGGACUUUGGAGAUACCACAGUGUGAGACACUACUUGAAGUGAAACGCUCCUGCCUGGGGAGCAGUUGGUGCAGACAACUGAGAAGCAGCCAGAGUUUACAGGACUUUACAGAUAUUUUAAGUAUCUGCAUUAAAACUUGAGAUUAAGAGAAAAUUAUACAAUGUGAAAUGUGUUCAUCAAAGCCUCCUUGCCGUUUAGUGAGGAUUUACACACUGUAAGAAAGAGCACAACAGGACUUGAAAUAAGUAAGAUUCCUAGCAAUCCAAUUCUGGUUUGAACAUUAAUAUAUGUAUAUUGUUUCUGCCACAAGGCUCUGAUGAUAUUGAUCAUUGGAGGACCUUUCCCUAUGUUGUGUGUGUGUUUUUUUGUUUUUAAUUUUGCCAUGACAUUGAUGAACAAUGAACUUGGAACAAUUAUGUUCAAUUUGAGGUUUGUAAACUGCAGUUCAUUUUUUUGAGUUUUUUAUCCUUAAUGUGCCAAAUAAAACAAUUUCCCUGUGCAGAGUGGAAGAACAGCAUUGGGGAAUUACAAUUAUUAAAAUGCUAAAAGUAGCUGGUCUGUUAUUUAUUUGUCUUUUUGUUUUGUUGUAAUGUGACUGAGUUGUUCACAGGACAGGUUUAAAGAAGACCUUUGAUAGCAGAACAGCAAAAAAUCCCAACCUUAUAAAACCAAUUCAAACUGCCUUUUAAAAGAAAAAUUACUAAAUAAAAGAAUAGACUGAGAUACUCAUUUAAUGGCAGUAUUUUCUCUUAAUGCAUUUUGUAACGCUUUCAUUGGUAGAAUGUUAGCUUAUGCUUACAGUGUACAACUUGAGCCCAGCUGAUGUUUGAGAGAGUAGGUGAUGCUAAUUGUUGAGUUUCAGAAAUGACGUGUUUCUACUCUGUAUUUUGGUCUGUUUAUGAUAAUUGAAAGUAAAAUUUCCAGUGUGAUAAUUUUUUUAAUCUCCACAUGUAAGCAUUAAUAUAUGAGGCUACAUGUUUAAUACAUGGCACACAUUAAUGUUUUUAUAGCUUUCAUAUGUUUCAGUUUAUAUAUUAAAGUAUGAAACACUCAACUGAUCUGCUUUUUUAAAAAGAAACUGCAUCUUUGUACAAAUACUUUUUUUUAUUAUAUAAAUGACAAGCUAUUAUAAAAAACAGACUCUUAAAAGAUAGCCUUUAAAUACCAUAAUAAAGGAAAGCAUUUUUGCCUUUACUUCUAAAGGCCCAACAUCUUGUUUACAAAUUCUACACAGAUUAAACACAGAUGUUUGCAAGGCAGAACACUAGUUCCUUGUUAAAGCAGGUUUGUGGGUUGUUGGAUUCUUUGUUUUUUUGGUUGGUUUGUUGUUUUUUUUUUAUACCUCUCCCAACUUAGUGAUACUGCGAAAAUGCACAUUGUUUACUGUUGUUUUAAUGAAAAUGAGUUGUGUUGUUUGCUUUUGGUCUUAACAGAAAAUUUGGUUUUAAUUUUUCAUUUAACUUAUUUUUUUGAACUACUUACCUGAAAGUUGACUAUAAAUAAUAUAUUAUAUGUAUAUAUGAAAAAAACCCAACCCUAGCUGAAAGAUACAGUUGUAGGUAUAGUAAUACUCUGAGAGGACUGUGCUCACUGUGUGGUAUUGAGUACUAAGUAGCAGAAACUCUGUCAUACCUUUGAGAUGCACAUAUGCAAUAUGUUUGGGAUUCUUUUUCUUUCCUUUUUUCCAACCAGAGAUGCUUUUAAUUGAUCUUAAGAUUAAAAGCAAUCAAAUAAGAGAAGAUUGUGCUCCACUACUAUGCCUUUUGAAAUAGUCUAACCAAACCACUUCUAGCCUUCUAAGGAUAGGACUCUCUCAAAUUUGUAUGUCUUAUGUAAAUGAAACGUGACUUUGGUUCCUCUGAUUCAUUUUUCUGGAGAAAUGCUAAAAGAUUUCAGAUUCUUAAGUCUCAUGUCUUGCUUUGCCUUAGCUCUGCCUUCAGUAGACCAUCUCUGUUGGAGAUUCCUGGCUGACUUGAUCCAUAUUUGUAAUAUUCUUCAUAGUGCUAAGCAUGAAUUUUACUGUUGUAUUAGCAUCUGCCAAAUAGCUACAGCUAAGAAAGGGCCUUGGUUUUAUUCAUAAAGCUCUGGUAGACAUUCCUUGAGAUCCCUUACAAAUGAGAACUUUGAAGAUAACGCUUCUGGUUUUGAGCGUUCCUAAAUGAUUGCUACAAAACUGUUGGUUUUGUCCACUUAAUUUUGAGGGACAUACUGGUUAUUUAUUUCAAAUGCAUACUCAUUGGCAUGGGAUAGGUACCUGAAAUGUUGAGCUAGAAGCCAAUCCCCAUCCCCUAAAGUAGCACCAGUAUGCAGCACAAGGAGUCAGAAUCACCAGCUGCUACAUAAAAAGAAAAGGGACCAGCCCUUUCACUAGUUUGUGCAACCAGUUCAGAGUUCAGGUCAAGAGAAUUUGUGAUCUGUGUGACUGGUGUGACUUUUUUGUUUGAUCUGUGUGACUUUUUUGGUCUUCUGUUAUGCCUGAUUGUUUUCUGCUUAGUGGAUGAACUACAGCCCUAUAAAUUAAUGCUGGAACACAGUAAAAAAAAAAAAAAAAGAAAAUUUUGUUCUGUAACAUCAGUUUGCCCCACAGCUGCUGGAUUCUUGGUCCAUGGCCAGGUGCUGUUUGGUUCAUAAAUCUCCUUUAAAUGCCUUGUCUUAUGCUGUGUUCUGAAUAGUGUCUUUUAAGAGUAAUUCUGUUCUGCUUAAGGCAUUAUCUUGCAUCUUACUCCUCAUUUUACAUGUGUUAAGUCCCAGCUCAGUGAUUCCAUCUCUAUGUUGGAUUAACUGUGUAUAAGAGCAGAUCUGGGGAAAAACAACCACAACAAUGGGAAAAAAAAACCACCAAACCUUCCUCCCCACCCCUCCCCCCCCCCCCCAAAAAAAAAAAAACCAACCCACCCCAAAUAACCUCAAAUUACCUGUAUUUCCCAGGGCUGUACUACUUACAUAGAACUUUACCAGCUGUAUUCUCCAUAAAAUCAGGUUACAUUGCAAUACAAUGUCUCAAAUCAGGAUAAAGAGUCAGCAGCUUGGGUGCUUUCAACUUUUGUGAAGACUACUAUUCCAUUAGCUCUCUGAACUGAUUUUUUUCCUUUAUUUUUCUUUUCUUCACCCCCCCCAUCCCUUUUAUUUUCUGUGAAUCUGCCCACUGCUAGUGAAUGAGCAACUUGACCCACUUUUUUGACAUGAUUAGUAAGCAGCUUGUCUGGCUCUCUGCCAGUGUGUUUUACUGACUUUCAAGUGUACCAGUUACUGGAGGGAGAAAAUAAAACCAACCCAAACCCCUUGUGUUUUUCUACCAACCUUCUUCAUGUAUCUUUCUGCUUUUAUUAAACACAAGCCACAUUUCUUGUCUUUCAACAUACUGGAAGAAUAUUAUGUAGAUUGCUCUUUCUUAAGAGAAAUGAGAAUUUAAAAUGAGAAUUUCUUCUGUGUUAUGAUGCUCCCUUUACUAAUGUUGACUUUUCUGUGGACUACAGCAAACCUGUACAGGUUCUCUGCGUAUGCAAAGACAAAAUCAACACACAAUACUAAAGAUAAGCCUUAAACUAGGAUAUUUAUGCACAAAUAAGUUUCUCUGUCCUGUUAGUUUCUUAGACUUUACAGCUUUUAGAAUAUCAGAAAGAGGCAUUGUGCCCCUGAGAUGUCUUGCUAACUCAAAGCCAGUUGCUAGUACAGUUCUUUUGAAUAUGGCCCUGCAACUUUAUAUAGGCAACAAAUGUGAUAAUAACACUUUAAAAUGAGUAAGAAUGGGAUCUCUGAACUGAGAAGGUAUGUUGUCACUGCACUAAUUAGAGACUAUUGCUGGUUUUUCUGUUCCAUUCUCUCAAGUUUUUUUUAAGUGACAGUUUUUAUACAUAUAACUCAAUUAACCUUACCUUCUGGUGUAGAAUAAAUAGUAUUUUUUCUAUUCUAGACAAGUGGGGCUUUGCACUGCUGUCAGGUCCCUCUUGUGAAAUCUAAGUACUUUGUACUGGGAAUACUGAAGUCAGAUAUGCUGGCAAAUGGAACUGAGACAUCUGUUCUGAACUGGAAUGCAGCGUUCUCCUUAGGGUUUCCUUCAUCACCUAUGGUGAGACUUGGUGCCCUAGAUUUCUAUAGUGCUUUCCUACCCAAGACAUGGAUGGUGCAUAGUUGUGCCUAGGACGUGCUUCUCUAGCUUCUCCAGUGCUUUAGUGAUGCUUCUGCAUGUGGCAGCUUUGGGAGGGGGCCAGUGCUACUGUACCUGACCAGGUUUUCAUUUUCUGUUGUGCCCUCAAGCUUUUGUAAUGCUUUAAGUUGUUGGGGUUUCUACCAGAUAUCAAAAACUGAAUGAAGAGUAGCAAGCAGGUAGUCAAUGCAACUAGUUAUCUCAGUCAUUGUGCUAAUUAGAGGCAGUUUUAUUAUUAGUUUUCUCUUGAGCUGCUGUUUAGUGUUGAAGAAUGUUGUUUUACUGACCUAUGUGAAUUUUCAUGCUUAGGAUGAUCUCCAGACAUCCUAAGAGAUGACCAAUUGAUCAGCUGUUUUCUUUUAGAAUUUCUUAUUUCAUUAUAGUUUUCAAUAUCUUUUCCUUUAAUUGUGGUAAUAUAAUUCCACAGGAUGAGGAAGUUAAGCUGUCACUUCCUGCAAAUACAAAAUCAUCUUGUAAAAUAUGGGGAAAUGUGUUUUUUCUGUUUUUCCUGCUUUUUGUGUAAAUCAUUAACUGUCUUAGAGUGGAAACUUCUUACCUUGUCAAUAACUACCUCCUGAGUUCAGCAAUAAUUGGCAAGGUACACACUCCUCCAGUGGAUUCCACGUACUGGCUCAACACUGCAGAUUCUUCAGAGUCUGAUGUUUUAAUUUGAAAAUGCUUGACAUUACUUCUGGAAACUAUGGUGAUGAACCUUGUUUUGCUGUAACACUUGCCUUGCCUUCAUGAGACACAGUUCUUAAAAAAAUCCUUUCUUCAGAGAAGCGGCUUUGAGGAUUAAAGGCCGGCUUUCUUUGUGGCUGGUUAAUACAGGUGUAGUGGUCACAGAUGCCGGGGUGUGGCCUCUCAGUUAUGCAGGCUUCUCUCCCAUUAGAAGUGGGGAAGAAAGUAUUUUGUCUAAAAGUCGCACAGCUGUCAAAGGGACUGCAAAUACAGAAGCUGUUUUUGCCACAUGAUUCCCAUUUUUAGUCGUGUGAAGGGCUAGUCAGUAUAGUAUUUUUCAGAAAUCUGUGUUAAAGCGAUGAAAACCAAAGGUGGAGACAAAACACCAUACCCCACCCCCAUAAAAUAUAUUGGACAGCUCCAGUCUGGGAUGGGAUUAACUUUUGUAUUUUGUUGUUUAGAAGCACUUUUGUUUCAUUGUUCUUUUAAGAAUGUUUUCUGAAAUGUUAAGCACCAUUUUACUAAUAAGCAAUGUAAAAAAGCAUGACAUGCAGUCACAUAGCUUUAGCUUACAAUAAAAUGUUUUGUUUGUCCUGUUAUUACUGUUUUCUUGUCUGUUUAUCAGAUAAAAUGUCCAAAACUAAAAGCCUUUUCAUUAAACUUGAAGCCUAUUAAAUUGCUGCUGGUUUAAAAAAAAAAAAAAACAUUUAAAAACAUCAGGUGUUGUAUACCAGAUGAUGGAACAAUAAAUAUGUAAAUAAGUCAGUUUCUAAAGAACAUAACUCAAGUUCUUAAAACUAAUGUAAACAGAAGUGCUACAUCCUAAAUAAAUGUGCUUAAACUGAAA